AUGUCAAAGUUGCGAUCAGGGAAGUCUGACAAGCCGAUCCUGCUAACCAACUACAACGUCACCGGCCCCGAACGCGAGAAGUUUAGACUGAACUACGAAAUUCUGUGUUCGGCAAAUCCCAAGAAUGAGAUAAAGGUCCGGGAAGCUGCGUUGGCAACAUCGGCUGACCUCUCUACUUCAAGCCAUGAAGGUUUGCAUUACAAUUGUCCCGCUUGGGUUGCUCAUCAUGAGCGUCAGAUUCUAUGGAAGAAUUUCCAAUAUCAACAGCCCGAUGUACUGCUAUCUCUCGGAACUGGUCUGGGUACCAGUAAGGAUGCUGUAACUACUCAGGUCCCCCAGCCAACAAAAAGGGGGUUUCGCAACUUGGUCAACAUCAUCCUCGGUAUGGUUCAGGGCCAACUGAACAGUGAGAAGACCUGGGACGAUCACUAA